AAUUUAAUAUUUUUUUCUGCUAUCAAUUCACCGAAAUUUAUUUAUAUAAUCGAGUAGUUGUCUUGUUAAAAUAAUUUGUGUUAUUUUUAACACGCAUGGUUAAAUACUUUUAUGAUUUAUUUUUCCGUACGCCAAGUGUCAAUAUCAGUUAAGACUUGAAGUUCAUUUUUUUUUAAUUAUUUUUAUUUAAUUAUUAAUAAUGGGUAAAGCUAAGAAAGGAAAACGUUCUGGUAAAGACAAUGAUAUGGAUAGUGAUGUUGAUAUUGAUGAGCAGUCGGUAGCAAGUCAAGAUUCCAAAACAAAGUCAUCAAAAUUAUCGGUUAAAGAUAAAAAGAAAAAGAAAGAUGAAAUUGAUGAUCUAGCUGAUGAUUUAGAAGAGCUAAAAAUGGAUAAAAGUAAAAAUAAAAAAGGUAAAAAAGGCAAUCGUAAAGCUUAUGAAGAUUCUGAUGAUGAGUCAAUCAGUUUAUCAAGUAAAAAUGUGCAAAAAGGCAAAGAUAAAAAGGAUAACGAGGAUACAGAUAGUGAUUCUGAAGUUAAAGUUAGUAAAGGAAAGAAAAAAAAUCAAAUAAAAAAAGGGUUUGCUGCAUUAAAUUUAGAUUCUGAUAAUGACAAUGAUGAGGAUAAUGAUAAUGAUGAUGAAGAAAAAGUUACGGCUAAGCCUAAAGGAAAAACAAAGAAAAAGAAAGGAAAGAAGGAUAAUGAUUUCGAUGAUUUUGAUGACGAUGAAAAUGAGCGUGUUAGUAUUAAAAUAGACGAGGAUGACGAUGAUGAUAGCGUAACAUCUGCAGCUAAGAAUAAAGUUAAUAACAAGAAAAAUAAAAAGAAAAAGGAUGAUGAUUUCGAUGAUGAUAACACCAAGGUAAAAGGCAAAACGAAAAAAGGAAAGAAAAAGUCUUUAUCUGACGAUGAAGAUGAUAUUAUUAGUAAAUCUUCCACAAAUAAACCAGUUACUAGUGUCUUUGCUUUAUUGAACGUGGAAGGUGAAGAUGAAAAUGAUGAUGAUGAUGAUGACGACAAUGACGAUAACGAUAAACGUUCUCAAAGUGAAGAUGAAGAAAAAGUUGUAAGCAAAGAAAGGCCUAAAGGUAAACAACAAAACCCGAAAAAUCAAAAUCAAGAAUCUGCGCAAAAUAAAAAAGGAAAAAAAGGAAAGAAAAAAAAUGACAGUGAUGAUGAAAUUGAAAGAGUUUUAGCAGAGUUAGAAAUGGAAUACUCAGGUAACAAAAAAGUCGAAGCUAAACCUGUUCAAGAUGACACUAAAACUGAAGAAGAUAAAGAUGGUAAAGAUGAGGGCGAAGAUAAAGAUGAUGAUAAGAAAAAGAAAAAGAAGAAAAAUAAAGCGAAAAGUAAAGAUGAUAAAGAAAAAGAUCAAGAGAUUUCAACAAAAGUUGAAGAAUCAAAAGCUGUUGCUGAUGAUGAAAAGGGUGAAGAUGAAAGUGGUACAGUAAAAACAGCUGCACAAAAGAAAAAAGAAAAAAAAGAACGUGAAAAGGCAAAAAAAUUAGCAUUGAAAAAAGGAGAACAGCCCAAAAAGCCACAAACAGAAUCUGAGCAACCCGAUGCUGAAUCAUCUCAACCUGUCGAAGCUGAUGAAGAGCUUGACGAUGAUUCAAAGAAGAAGAAGAAAUCAAAGGAAGAUUCUAAAGACAAAGGUAAAGGGCUUUCUAAAAAAACGCUGGCUCAAAUGCAGGCUACUCUGAAACAGUUGAAGGAGGAUGAAGAGCGUGCUAAGCGAGAAGAAGAAGAACGAAUUCGCCAGGAAGAAAUACGCGAGCAACUUCGUCUCAAGCAGCUUCAAGAGGAACAGGAACGUAAAGAAAGGAAAAAGUUGAAAGAAAAGCAACGAAAAGAGCGCUUGAAAGCUGAGGGUAAAUUAUUAACACCUAAACAGAAACAAGAACGUGCUCGUGCACAGGCGAUGCUUGACGCUCUUAAAGCUCAAGGUCAUGAAGUUCCUGAUAAAGGAGAAAAAAAAGCCCGUACUCGUCUUCCACUUGGUUCACGUCCGCGGCUUAAUAAAUUAAAUAAACAGUCUAGUCAGGAUAAUAAAACUGAUAAUGAUAAACAACAAGAAGAUAACAAUAAAAUUCAACAGCUUAAAGAUGACGACAAAGAGUCAUCUAAGAAUUCAAAUGAGCAGGUCCAGCUCGAGAUUGUCGAUUUACCAGCUAAAGUAAGUGAAGAUGUUGGAGAGAUUAAAGACUCAUGGGAUGUUGAUUCGAGUGAAAAUGAUGAAGAUGAUAAAUCUGAGGAAACAAAAGAACAAAAAUCUGCUAAAGUUGAUAAUAAAUCUACUAAAACAGUGUUCACUAAAAAAGCAGAUAGUGAGGAGAGUGAAGAGAGUAGUGAAAGUGGUGAUGAAUCUGAUGAUGACAAUGAUAGUGAUGAUAGUAGUGAUAGUAGUGAUGAUAACGAAGAUAGCAUUGAUGAUAAAAUGACAGACGCCGAAAAGAAAAGGGAAAGAGUGAAAAUAAGAAUCGCUAAUAGGCGUAUUGAAGCCGAAAAGAAAAAGACAAUAGAUAAUUUGCGUGCUGCAGUUGUUUGUGUACUUGGUCAUGUCGAUACUGGUAAAACUAAAAUUUUAGAUAAAUUAAGAAGGACUAAUGUUCAGGAUGGUGAAGCUGGUGGUAUUACACAACAAAUCGGAGCUACUAAUGUGCCUAUUGACGCUAUUAUUGAUAGUACCAAGCAUGUUAAAGGGAUUGCUGAUAAAAAAUUCAAACUACCAGGGUUAUUAAUAAUCGACACACCUGGGCACGAGUCAUUUAGUAAUUUACGUAACCGUGGAUCAUCUCUCUGUGAUAUUGCAAUAUUAGUUGUUGAUAUUAUGCAUGGAUUAGAGCCACAAACAGUCGAAAGUAUUGGUCUUUUAAAAGAAAAAAAGUGUCCAUUUGUUGUUGCCUUAAAUAAAAUAGAUAGGUUAUACGAUUGGCAAACAAUGAAUCGUAAAGAUAUACAAGAUAUAAUAAAAUCUCAAUCACAAAAUACACAGCUUGAAUUUGAAAGACGAACAAACGAAGUUAUAGGACAAUUCGCUGAAAAGGGAUUGAACGCUGCGUUGUUUUAUAAAAAUCCUGAUCCACGUAAUUAUGUGUCUCUUGUACCAACGAGCGCUAUAACUGGCGAGGGUAUGGGUAAUUUGUUAUCAUUGAUCGUUGAAUUUAGCCAAGGUCCAUUAGCUAAACGUUUAAUGUACAGCGAAGAAUUACAAGCAACUGUUUUAGAAGUUAAAGUAUUGCCUGGACUCGGUACAACAAUUGAUUGUAUUCUAGUCAACGGAUCACUGAGAGAAGGUGAUACGAUGAUUGUCGCUGGUACUGAUGGCCCUAUCGUUACUCAAAUCCGUUCAUUACUUAUGCCGCAACCACUUAAAGAAUUACGAGUUAAGAAUGCCUACAUCGAGUAUAGAGAAAUAAAAGCAGCUCAAGGUGUUAAAAUAGCAGCGAAAGAUUUAGAAAAAGCUAUUGCUGGAUUAAAUUUAUUAGUCGCUCAAAAACCCGAUGAAGUAGAUUUAUUGAAAGAAGAAAUAGCUAGAGAAUUAUCCAAAGCAUUAGGUAACAUAAAAUUAGCUGAACGUGGUGUAUUUGUUCAAGCAUCAACUUUAGGAGCUCUGGAAGCAUUGCUAGACUUUUUAAAAACCAGUAAAAUACCGUAUGCUGGAAUAAGAAUUGGUCCAGUAGUGAAAAAAGACGUAAUGAAAGCAUCUAUAAUGUUAGAGCAUAAUAGCCAAUACGCAACAAUUUUAGCAUUCGAUGUAAAAAUUGAACGUGACGCUCAAGAGCUCGCAGACUCAUUAGGUGUUAAAAUAUUCCAAGCGGAUAUAAUUUAUCAUUUAUUCGAUAAAUUUAUCGCCUAUCGAGAGGAACUGAAACAACGUAGAAGAGAGGAAUUCAAACAUAUUGCAGUGUUUCCGUGCAAAUUCCGAGUCUUACCUCAGCAUAUUUUUAACUCGCGUGAUCCAAUUGUUGUGGGUGUUAUGGUCGAAGCAGGAGUCAUUAGAGAAGGAACGCCUGUUUGUGUACCUAGUAAAGAAUUCAUUGACUUGGGCGUGGUUACAAGCAUACAGUACAAUCACAAGGACGUUGAGACGGCGCGUAAGGGCCAGGAGGUUUGUGUGAAAAUUGAACCGAUACCAGGUGAAGCACCCAAGAUGUAUGGACGACAUUUUGAUGAUAAGGAUAUGAUUGUCAGUAAGAUAAGCAGACAAAGUAUAGAUGCGUGUAAAGACUAUUUCCGAGAUGAUUUAUUGAAAAGCGACUGGCAAGUGAUGCUUGAACUCAAAAAGCUCUUUGAAAUUCUCUAAAAAUAUUUAUUGAUAAAAUCAAAUCCCCAUUGCUAACAUCAUUAAUAAAUAAAACAAAAAUUAGAGGAAAAAUAAAUAUAUAUAAAUUUAUAUGUAUGCCUCUAU